AGCAAGUUUGAAGGAAAAUGACUGGAAAAAAGUUUUGGCGGCCUUCUCCAGGGAAGGGGAACCGGUGGGCUCCCGCCGCCCUGACGCUGCUCUGCCUGGGCUUGGUGGCGUCAUGCUGCGGCGCGGACGAGGCGUCCUGUCACGGAGCGUACGACCUCUACUUUGUCCUGGACAGAUCUGGGAGCGUCGCUGCCAACUGGGUUGAGAUCUACUCCUUUGUGAAGAACCUAACUGACCGAUUUGUCAGCCCGAGGAUGAGGGUGUCCUUCAUCGUCUUCUCUGCCAUGGCAGACGUGCUGCUGCCUCUGACAGGAGACAGAAACCAGAUAGAAGGAGGCCUGAAACGCUUGAGAGACGUGAGGCCUGCAGGAGAAACGUACAUGCACGAGGGAAUCAAAAAGGCAUCAGAACAGAUCCAGCAGCAGUCGACCAAGUCCUCCACCAUCAUCCUGGCUUUGACGGACGGAAAGCUUGACGUUUACAUUCAUGACCUCACUGUCACAGAGGCUAACGAGGUGAGGAAGUAUGGCGCACGAGUGUACUGCGUGGGCGUCAAGGAUUUUGACGAGCAGCAGCUUGCAGAAAUUGCAGACUCCAAAGACCAGGUGUUUCCUGUGAAAGAUGGCUUCCACGCUCUCAAAGGCAUCGUUACUUCUAUAUUACGACGCUCCUGCACAGAAAUCCUGAGCGUGGAGCCGUCCAGCGUCUGCGUGAACGAAACCUUCGACAUCGUCCUGCAGGGGAACGGCUUCACUCUGGGGCGCAGCAGCCAGGACGUGGUCUGCAGCUUCAGAGUCAACCAGCAAACCCUCAACCACAAGCCGAGCGUCGUCCAGAACAGUUACCUGCUGUGCCCCGCGCCCAGGCUGCAGGAGGUUGGACAGACGAUGGAUGUUCUCAUCAGCCUGAACAACGGCACGUCCUUCAUCAGCAGCGCCUACACCAUCACAGCCUCCACCUGCUCCAACGGUUUGGUGGUGGGGAUCGUUUUCCUGGUGCUUCUGAUCCUGCUGGCUCUGGGGCUCCUCUGGUGGUUCUGGCCUCUCUUCUGUACAGUGGUCAUCAAAGACCCGCCGCCGCCGCCUCCGCCGGCUCGCCCCCCUCCUCCCGAGCCGGAGCAGCAGCCUAAGAAGAAGUGGCCGACGGUGGAUGCUUCGUACUACGGAGGAAGAGGAGCCGGAGGGAUCAAACGCAUGGAGGUGCGAUGGGGGGAGAAAGGCUCAACCGAAGAGGGCGCCCGCUUGGAGAAGGCCAAAAAUGCUAAGGUCAGCGUACUGGAGGAAAUGGAGCAGCCGAUGAUCAAACGUCCUGCUCCAAAGGCCGCCCCAACAAACCGUCCAGACAGACACAAGUGGUACACUCCCAUCAAGGGACGCGCCGACGCUUUGUGGGCUCUGCUGCGGCGCCAGUACGACCGAGUGUCAGUCAUGCGUCCCGCCUCAGCUGACAAGGGCCGCUGCAUGAACUUCAGCCGCGUGCAGCAGCGGGGAGGAGCUGCAGACGUCUGCUGAUCGCCGCCGACCACAAGACACUUUUAUUCCUGCCGCUGAAGCCGCUUCCUGUCCGCUCCUUCUGCUUCUGCGGUGUCCCUUCUCUGAAGCACAAACGCUCAUUAACUUAUUUAUCCUCUUUUUGAUACCAGCCGUUUCUGGCCUUGUUUGUUCUGACAAAGAGAUAAAAAAACCAGCAGAAAGCGCCGCAGAACUCAGCUCUCAGUUCCGGUUAGCUUCUCGUGCGCACCAAAGGCUUAACAUAUUCUGACCAUAUUGUGCCUUCUGUGAGGAACCUGAUUUCAUGGGCACAGACGGAAGCUCUCCUAAAAAAACACCAGGGAGAGGGGCUGUUUGCCUGUGGCGGGAAGUGGGACUAAUCCCAGUGGGCCUCACAAGUACUGAAGUCCGCCGCCUUUUGGCGAUGUCUCAUUUCCACUCCUCUCCAACUUCAGCCCGCCGGCUGCCCUUCCACUGGCUUCUCCUGUCAUUUCAUCCCGCAGACGUGCACACGCAUGACAAAUUGUAGACAGGACGCCCCAAGGUGUUGGAAGGCACCAAGACUUUGCCCUUUAGUUUUUUUCCCUCCGUUUCUGAAGACACCUUCCUUUCAUUAUGCACUCGGGACAAGGAAAUUAAUAGAGCGUUAUCGGACCGCGGGACAGCCUCCUGACCAGGACCGUCUCCAGCUCCGUUUGAGGGAUUGAUGCCUUCCAGACCUUGACAUGGUGCCUGGUGCUUUUUUUGCCCCGUUUCAGCGCAGUCUGCUCUCUGCUCAGUUAGGCGUGGCACAUCACGGCUCAUAAACAGAAGAGCUUCCAUGGUGGCGUCCUCAGAGCUCCAGGCCUCCAGUCGCAACUCUUUCCCAAUAUCAAAGUUUAAUUAAAAUAAUUAAAGGCAACAGCAGGCAGCAGCCUGUGAAGACCUGGCUGUCUCCUUUUUAUGCCUUUUGACUUUGAAUGACCCACAACGGCUCCAUCCCAGAGGAAAAGAGGGCAGCCCGCCGCUCUGAUGCCGCACGCCGCCCACAACGCAAACCCAAAGCAGCGGAUGCGACGGACGGAUAAGUAUUGUUCAUGUCCAGAAAUGAUUGCCCCCCUUCUCCCUCAGCCCAACGUCAGGGGCGUACAUGUAGAUGAACGGCGCUGUCACCGUGCCGAUCCCACAUGAUGUUAUUGUGAGCAGGAAGGUGGUGGGGGGCUGAAGAAAAAGGCUCGAAUGAUCCAGUCACUUCGGAUCCCGGACUUCAGAGGCAGAAUGGAUAUUCGAGUGGAAACCUGACAAAGCGUGCCGGCUUUGACGGGAAGCCGUAUAGACAAUGACCAGUGGCUGGGUCAGUGGGAUGUCUCCGUGCACGAAGGGGAGCUUAUCAAAUGACACUAAAAAUAAGUUCAGCAACCAUCAACUUCCAGGGGGAGCGGCGUACAUUUGGAGGGCGCCAGGGUGCGCCAGGCGGGCGGGCGGGCGGGGAGCGUCUCACCGGCUAAUUAUUAUUCCUUUGUUUCUCCUCCAUGCUGAUUGGACAGACACGUGCUUCCAGAUCGGAUCCUCAGGGGGGCGCUGGUGUUUCCCGACCCCAGCGCGCUCAGCCUCGCAUGUUUUCACAGGUUGCUUCUGUGGCGCCGUCAGGCUCUGUCGCCAAAGCGGCAGCAGUCUAGCUGCAGCCACGAGGCUUCUCCACGGCAGGCGCAGCACGCGGCGCGUCACCGCCACACGCCGUCUCAGGUUUCUGCACGCCACCCCCACCAGUGCGGCAGCACGGUUUGGGUACAAGCGGAAAAAGGAAUGAAUCUGGGCCAUUUUUCUAUGCUGUUUCUAAUUCAGAGAUGACCUUUGACCUUUGGUCAACUUUUCCACAUGCUAGCUUCAGUCUGAUGCUUUUCUGUCAUGAGCAGAAGCGAUUCCUGACGGUUGGCGUGUUUUGAGGCGCCGUAAGGAGCUGCAGAGCCUCGACGCCUCUCUGACGGCGUUCCGUCAGUUCAUGGCUGUUUUCAGUCACACUUCCUGUUUGCAUUUCUGUUUUGGCCAAUAAAAACUCCACACCA